AUGACGCUGAUGUCAGCGUGUGCCACUCUGGAUCCUGCAGCGCUGAAGGAGGCUACGGUCUAUCUGAAGAGAUACGGUUAUUUACCUUCAUUCUCCAGCGCUGAUCAUCAGGGGAUUCAAACAGAGCAAAUGAAUGAGGCUCUUCGGAUCUUCCAGCAGGUGAUGGAUCUGCGUGUGACGGGGCGUCCGGACAGCAGCACGCUGGUCAUGAUGAGAGCCGCCCGCUGCGGCCUGAGCGACCCCUUCAGCCGCCUGCUGAAAUACCGCAUUCUGGGUCAGUGGCGUAAGAAGAGACUGACGUUCCGCAUCUAUAACCAUCCGCCGGCUCUGGGUUUGUCUGGGACGCGAGCGGCGGUUCGCGCGGCCUUCGGUUACUGGAGCGCCGUCAGCCCUCUUCACUUCCAGGAGGUCAGCGGAGGUCACGCCGACAUCAAACUGUCCUUCCACAGGAGAGCCCAGGGCUGCCGUGUCGCGUUCGACGGACCCGGGCAGGUUUUGGGACAUGCCGAAGGCCCCGAGUCCGGCACAGUUCACUUCGAUGCAGAUGAGGUUUGGACGGAGGGGCGGAGUUACGGAGCAAACCUGCGCAUCGUGGCGGCCCAUGAGAUAGGCCACGCCCUCGGAUUAGGCCACUCCCAGUACCACAGUGCGCUCAUGGGCCCCGUGUUCACGGGAUACCGCCACAACUUCAGACUGCACCACGACGACAUCCGCGGCAUACAGGCUCUGUACGGAAAGCCUGUGGAAAAACCAUCCACCGCUCCGAGAAAGCCAGAUCGGGAGACGUCUGUGCCGGACCCCUGCGCCGGGGGACUGGACGCCCUCAUGCUGGGGCCUCUUCACAAGACGCUUGCUUUCAGAGGUCAUUACGUGUGGACGCUCUCAGAUUCAGGUUAUAACAGUCCCGUUCCCAUUAAUGCCCUGUGGAAAGAACUGCCCGGCAACAUCAAUGCAGCCGUUCACUCGCAAAGAACCAACAAAUCCUAUUUUCUUAAAGGAGAUAAAGUCUGGAGAUAUUCCGGCUUUAAACUGGACCAGGGCUACCCGAAACGCCUCAGCAUCCCCUCCAACAUCCAGGCCGCGUUCUUCCUCAAGCGCCGCCGCGCGCUCGUCUUCAUCCGGGGAUCAGAAUACUGGCUCUGGGAUGAACUGGGAUCAGCUAAACACCUCCGGCUCAUCUCCGCUCUGCCCUCGGAUCCGGACGCUGCGUUCACGGGGAGCGACGGACGCGUCUAUGUGUUCCGCGACGCGCGGCAGUGGCGCGUGAGUCCCGCGCUGACGCUCGAGGAGAGUUAUCCGCUCCGCUCCAGACAGCGAUGGAUGCACUGCGACCAUUAACCUUCAUCAUGGGUUAUAUUCAGCAUGUCAUACAUCAAACAGGACAUCAUCUAUAGUUGAGAUAUCGGACAAAUUACCAGUCAUUGUCAGCAGUUUAUUAGUCAUCUGUUUUUCUCUCUGAUGUAUACAGGAGCACAUAUAUACUGUAUAUGUAUAUAUACACUUAUGCAUGACUCUAGUAACUGAUGUAUUAGACGCACACAAGCUUUUAAAUCACUUUUGAUUCAUUUUUAAUUAUUCAAAUGAGUAAUAAUAAAAAGGAUUGAAACGAAAGUCACUGUUGUAAGUGAUAGUGUCUUUACACGACAGUUAGGGCUAGUAAAUGUAUUAACUGGAGGAAAUAAGAUCAUUUUCAGAGAUGCAGAGAUAAACGCAUCUAAUAACGCAUUUAAAGGAAUAGUCUUUCAUUCUGCAUGAACGCUAACAGAGAAUAAUGCAUUAGUUCAUUACGUGGAACUAAUUUUUGUACAAUGAAAAUAAGCUGUGAAGUUUAGAGAGGAAAACAGAGCACAGAAUAAAAACACCUGUUUGUCAUUACAGAAAUAAUCAUUUCAAAUGACAGCAAAGACGCUUUAAAUGUACAAAGAUGCUGAAACACCAACAGUAGAGUGAAUAACGCAAGCCUGGUUUAGUGCCCUCAGCAGGGAACAUCAUGAAGUUCCAGCACACUGACACACACUCCUGCUGUACUUCAUCAAAUCCAACCUUCAGACAUGUGCCAAUGCAUUUUCAUGAAUCAUUUCCAGAAUCUUUUAUUCUUUCCAUGGAUGCCUGGAUUGUGUCUCAUCUUUUUUUGCUGUGAAACUACGUUUCAAAGUCAUCCUGGGCUAAUCUGCUGUCUGUCAUCUACAGAGCGUCCUGAUAAACUCAAUCAGAUGUCUCUGACACACUAACCCCGAGGUUCUGGAUUCAGUCCUGGGGUCUCUCUUAUCUUAGAUAACCAGCUGAUGAUCUCAAUCAGGCAUUAAAUAAAGGAGACGGAGCCGUGGGUCCCCAGGAGCAGAACUGAAAGCCUGACUCAAUGAAACUUACUGACCACCAGCAGAACAUGAAUCACACAAAUCAACAAAAUACUCACUGAUCAAAAUUCAGCAAGUUAUGUUCAUUUGUGAAAUUUGAUAUAUAACAGGGUUUCUGCAGGUUUUAUGGAGAUAAAUUUAGGGAAAAGUUUUGAAGUGAAGAAAAUAAAUUUAACAGAAGUCAGUAUGUUAGUAAGG